GCUCGAAAUGUUGUCCAAAUUGGGUUGUCUGUUGUUUGUUCUCUCGUUUGGGAACAGCUUUUGUUCAAGUCAGGAUGAUCUACCAGAGAUUGACACGCCUUUGGGCAGAGUUCAAGGAUAUUGGAAGACAUUGGAUGGUAUAACUUAUGCUGCUUUUGAGGGAAUCCCGUACGCAAAACCACCAGUAGGAGAUCUUAAGUUUGAGGCACCUGAACCCAUUCCAGCUUGGUCAGGAACUUGGGUGGCCAACGCUCCUUUGUCAUGUCUCCAAGGUCAAUUGCUUUCCAAUAUUGACUUUUUAUCUGGAGCCGAAGAUUGUCUCUACUUAAACGUGUAUAUCCCUGAAGAUACCGUGAAGAACCCCAAGGCCCUUGACGUUAUAGUUUCAAUCCAUGGGGGUGCCUUUAUGGGAGGCAGCGGAAACACGGAUUUGAAUACGUUCCUAGACAAGGAGGUGGUGCUUGUAUCUAUGAAUUACCGUGUUGGUAUUCUAGGAUUCCUUAGCACGGAAGAUGACGUCAUACCCGGAAACAACGGCCUGAAGGACCAAGUCUUAGCACUCGAGUGGGUCAGGGACAACAUCGCUUCGUUUGGGGGAAACCCCGAAUCCGUUACCAUAUUGGGCUUGUCAGCGGGAGGCGCCAGCGUCCACCUCCACUACUUCUCCCCCCUCUCGAAAGGUUUAUUCGUCAGAGGGAUGUCGCAAAGCGGCUCAGCCCUAGGACCUUGGGUAAUCAGGAAGAACGCCUUGCAAAGUGCCAAGAAACUUGCUGUGUUGGUGGGCUGUCCCGACAGCCCCUCUGAAGAACUGAAGAAGUGCCUUAAGCAGACACCAGCGGAAGAUUUGCUGAAGCAAUUGAAAUAUUUCCGUGGUUACGACAUCGUGCCAAUCGCGCCUUUUGCACCAGUGGUGGAAAAAGGAUCAACAAACGCUUUUCUAGACGCGGAACCUUACCACCUUUUGAAGGAAGGUAAAGUCAACGAUUUGCCUUGGAUUGCAUCCAACACUGCUGAUGAAGGAUUGCUUCUUACAGGAUUUCUUUGGCAAAAGUUGGAAGAGGUAGACGAAAAGUGGGUAGAAAUAUCUCCCUAUAUGCUAGAUUACAACGAGACGUUACCUGUAUCGGAGAGGGAAACAGUAGCGAAGGCAGUUUUAGACUACUAUUUGGGACCAGGAGAAAAAAUCGAUAAGAAGAAUUUCAAGAAAUUCACACAGAUUAUCACUGACAGGUUUUUCGCUGUUCCUGCAGAAUUAUCAGUUAAACUACAAGCCAAUGUAACGAAAUCUCCAGUAUACCACUACAUAUUCAAUUACACCGAUGGUGAAAACAAAGUGGUGCAGUUCUUAACGGGAACAAAUGAAAUAGAAGGUGCGUGUCACGGUGAAGAUGGCGUCUACUUCUAUGGUUUAUUACACUUUAUACCAUUAUCGGAUCAGGAUAAGCGCUUAGUUACUGCUUGCCAGAAUGUGUUGUACUCAUAUGCCAGCAGCGGUAUUCCUUCAUUCGAUGGGACAGACGUUUGGCAACCAACGGGAUCUGAAGAGCUGACUUACUUGUUCAUAAAUGGACCAGAAGACAUGAAGCUGCACAGGAGCGAAGAAUUGAGACCAAUUGAGUUUUGGAGCAAGCUUGGGCUCCUGGAGAAUGAAAACCUUAUUGUAAAAAAUAAGCUGUAGAUUUAUAGUUACAUAUAUGAACUAUAAAAAUAUCUAACAAGAUAAAAAAUGGUCGAUUUCGUCGCUUUGCUUAUUGUUAUAAUUGUUUUAUUAAUCUUAGGGUAGAGUAGCCAUAUGCUUGACUUGUAACCCAUGCUUUUAAAUAAAGACUAAUAUUAUUACUA